AUGGUUGUGAAAGAACUGCAAUCAAAAAUGAACGGAAUAAGACAAAUGUAUUUGAAUUGUUGCAAAUCUAUACUAAAGAAUCUUGAAUCCAAGGAAAAUGAACUACAAAAAUCAAAUGUACCAUUCCAGCCUUCUAUAUCUUUAAAUCUUAGAAAUAUUAUUACAACAAAGAUUGAGAAUAUUAGGGAACUGGCUGUAAAUAACAUAGCACAAGAACUCUCAACUUUUCUGUCUCAAAGGGGAGGUGGAUUUCAACAUCCAUUGAAUCAUAAAAAAGCAAAACGGUUUUCAAAAAAAAUAAUAGAAAUUUUGGAAUCUAGCUUUAGAAAAGAUAAGUAUCCAACUGAUACUGAAAAAUUACGUUUAGCAAAUUUGUGCAUGAUUUCAACGAAACAAGUUAAUAAUUGGUUUACCAAUAAGAGAAACCGUUCAAAAUCAUAUAAAAAUGGAUUUAUAACGUAUGAUAAAUAA